GUCUAAGACAUCUCCCGAUUCUUGACAAAUCCUUAUUCUAUACAACCGAUCCCAAAGCCGAUCUUGACCGAUCCAAUUCCAGACCAUUCCUAAUCGGAAUCGGAACCGGAUGAUCUAAGUCGGCCACAAAUACAAAACGUCAAAAACCCAAAAAAACUUUUCAAAUUCUCUACUAAGUUACUAAUUUCGGGGGAGUUUGAUCCUUCGCUUCGCUAAUAGCUAAUCGCUAAUCGCGAAUCGCUAUGGGUAAUUUGGUUUCGAUCACCAGAACCAUCAUCGUUCUGGUUCCUUUCUUCUUCAUCUUCAUCAUCGCCGAAGCCCAAUCCCAAUCCCCCGGGAGCUUGAACUCCAACGACAACGUGGUUAAUGGGUUCCGGCCAAGUCUUGCCGUCGUCAUUGGCAUCCUCUCUAUAAUGUUCUCCUUAACCUUUCUCCUUCUCAUCUACGCCAAAUUCUGUCAUAGACCACUCCCUUCCGACCUCCUCGAUGACCCUGCAGACCUUGGCCGCUUUUCUUCUUCUGCGUUACUCGCCGGAGCAAGCUCUCGUUUUUCCGGGAUCGAUAAGACGGUGAUCGAGUCGCUUCCUUACUUCCGUUUCUCUACUUUGGAAGGAGCGAGAGAAGGGCUAGAGUGCGCCGUCUGCCUUUCCAAAUUCGAAGAUAUCGAGAUUCUUAGAUUGUUGCCCAAAUGUAAACACGCUUUCCACAUCGACUGUGUCGAUCGUUGGCUCGAUAAUCACUCUAGCUGUCCUCUGUGCAGGCAGAAGGUCGACCCUUCCGACAUCACCUUCUUCACUGCCACUUCUAACAGUUUGAGAAUCUCUCGGAACCCCUCUGAUCUCACCGAUGACAACAAUAUCGAGCUCUUUGUAAGGAGAGAGCAAGACCCUGAAAAUUAUCUUGGGGGUUCUUCGUCUUCCAGGUUCAGCAUCGGUAGCAGCUUUCGGAGAAUAGAAAAGGGCAAGAAAUUAGGGGAAGAAUUGCCAAUCCAGGAAGAACAACCCAUUAUCGAUGCUGAUAAUCGUAAUUUAGUGGAUGAAUUCAAUCGCAGGAUUAUAGUCUCCGAUGUCGUCUUCAAGAACAGAUGGAGCGAUGUCAAUUCUUCUGAUCUCAUGCUUUUGAAUUCGGAGAUGCUCAGAUUCUCAUCAUUGGCUUCGAGCAGUGAUCGAUUCACUUCUGCGACGGCAUUUUCCGAUAAUGGGUGUUCAUCAAAUGAGAUAAUUAUGAAGAUUAAGGAGGAGAUGGAGAAGAAGAAGGUGUUCGAGAGUAAACUCAGUAAGAUGAGAACGAACUAUUCAUUUUCUUCCAAGUCAAACUUCCCUUCUUCUUCGGGGUCCGAAUUGAAUCCAAAUGAUCAUCCGCCAGGUAUGUUGGUUCCAACAGGGGCGAGAUCCGUGUCAGAGAUUAUUAGCCUCUCGAGAUUUUCAGAUUACAGAGUAAAGAACAGAAUUAGAGAGUCGUCUUUGCAUCAUAACGGGAAAGACGAAAGGUUGAGGAAGGUUUGGAUACCCAUUGCGAGACGAACAGUUCAGUGGUUUGCUGGUCGGGAGAACAGGUCGCAGAGGAUAGUAAUUUGACGCCAUUGUUGUGUGGUUUGAACUCCCGAGUCCCAAGGCCUACAUCUGCUGCUGCCAUGGCGAAUCUCAGACAAUAUAUUCAGAUUGAAGGUGGGAAAAAUGGGUUUUGUUGGUCAAUUACGUGGAUUCUACUUAGAUACAGAUUCAAUUAUGAAGAAGACUUGAAAGCGAGAAAGAACAGAUUUUCAUUUUGUCCAUUCAAGAACUCUGGUUAUCCAUUUUAUCAAAUUCCAUGUUUUAUGAAUUGUGCCUGAAAGUGAAACUGAAUUACCACGAGACUGUGGAGCAAGAUUGAAGUAUUGAAUUGGUAGCCAUUGCCAUUUUUUUCUGCACAGGAGAGGAGAAGGGUCGACCUCGGAUUCAGAGACUUAGAUAGUUUAAUAUGAGAUAUUUCCGAUUGUCGGAGUUGUUGGGGGCAUGUGAGUAUGUGACUACGUUGAGUGGACUUUCGUUUUCGACAUAUGAAAAGCUUUGUUACACUUGGUAAGCAGGUAAACAACUUCACUUGAGGUCCCCUACGAAGAAGACGACGGAGUCUACAAAAUCCAUUAAAGCUGUGAGUGUUUAACUGCUUUGUCUGCCAUGUUAUUGCUUGUAGGUCCCUGGGAGGAUAGGGUUUUGGGUUUUGGGGUGAACAUUAUUCCUGUGAAGGAGUGUUGUUCAAAUUAAUUCCAUUGGAUUUGGGGCUGUAAUAGGGAUACCAUUUUUACUUAAUGGGAUUAAAGUAUGGAAUGGAAA